UGCGCUCCGGCCACUCGGCGCGCGUCCGCACCCCCGCCCCCGCACCCGGCACUGCGCCGCGCGACGAGCCCUCCGGCCUCCCCGUCCGCCGCACGCCCUCCCACGACAAGGUUCGCCUCAGAACAUUGUGGAACUGGUUCCCCUUCAAAGACUCGACCUCGUAAAACUAAACCCGGCCCCUCGAAACGUUCCAUCCCAAAGUGCUAAUAAACCUAAUAAACCCACCGUGUGACAGUGCACCAGUGACUCACUAACGCCCGGUGUCGGUCGUCGCCGCGCGCCGCCCGCUAUGCCAUUAUGUCGAUCAUGAGCGAGUGUGCGCGCGAGUCGCUGGCGGCAGAGUACGUGGCGCGCACGGAGCGCCUCGCCCCCCUGCUGCCCGCGCUGCGCCCCCCGGGCCCCCAGUGCGCCCCCCGAGCCCCCCGCACGCGCCCCCUGCCCGCCGACCUCGCCCCCCACAACCUCGCGCUAGAGCUCACCCGCUCCAUCCUGUACGAGGAUGCGGACUCCAUCGACAUCCAAACUCUGAGGUCACUCAACUCGCACGAGGACUCGCUGUGGCACGGCAAGCCGCAGCAGUACUUCGAGAGCAUGAACUACGGACAGGACUUCAUCGACGACGCUGAUCCACUACCGGAAAACAAAGAUUUUGAAAGUGAUUCUUUGGCGCAGUGAAAUCGAGUUUUAAGUUUUAAGUCGGGUACUUCGCUUUAUAUAUAAUGCAAUAAUUCGGGAUUUAGUCAAAUUCACAAUAAUGCAAGGGGCGGAAUUCAUAUUCUUCGAAGACCGCUGGUCGGAGUUCGACAAAUAAAAGAAUCUUUUGUAACGUUUAUUUUUGACUAUUUGAAAGUACUUUUUGUUUAACUUUUUAAAUUUUAUGGAAUAAACACUGGGGUUCCUUUAUACUUCGACAGAAAUAAAAAUUAAAGAACCAUACCCGACUUCAAACAUUUUUAUAUAUUAUUAUCUAGCUUUUUACUAUAAAAUAUUACAUAUAAAUUUCAAUAAUGAUAAAAUUCUGUAUAUCAAAAUAUUGUGGGGCAGUGGGCAUAGAGCAAGCUUCGUGUACAUAAAACAUGUUCCAUAAUGAAAACAAUGUAACAUUCCACCAUACUUCCGGACGUCUCAAGCAAACUGUGAUAAUGUCACAUUUUGAUAACUUUAGUUGUUCUUCCUUGCAUAUAAAAAUAAUCAUUAAAACUAUGUUUAUUAUUAUUAUUACUGUUAUAAGAAAUUUAUACAAAAAGAUUUCCUAAAAAAAUCGUUUAUUUCUAUUUCUAACUUCACCCUUACGGUGAUAAAUAGCAAUUUUCCCUGGGUCCGUUUGUUUUUUUAAUUGCGACUAUCCCGUAUGUGUUUAGAGGGUGUUCAUAUUUUCCAUAUUCUCUAUGAAAUAAGCGGCGCUUUUUGUAUGAAGUAUUACGAGUUGUGAGAGAUUUAAUGUGUGAAAAUGGUAGCUAUUUAUAAUUAAAUAUUUUCAUUCCUACGCCAUUACGGCCAGACUGUAAUUUAUAAAUAUAUUGAAUUGUGUGAGUUUGUAUGAGAGAGGCUGUGAGACAAAGGAAAGCUUUGAUUUAAUUCAUUGGUCAUUAUUUAGAAUUGAUUUUCUAAAGAAUGUAAGAAAAAUUAUUAACAAUUCAAAGCAUAUUUAGUUUUUUUUUGUAUUUGAUAUACGAGAAAAUUACUCAAAAAUUGGUAGCAGAAGUUAGACAGGCUUUCUGUCAUUCUCUAGGACUUUUGAUUGAAAACGGUGAACAAUAACUUAUUUUUUUCGUAUGCAGCAAGACCAAACGUCCAAAAGCGGUCGUCCUAUUGAUGUGUUGUGCGACUGCCUUUAUGUUUUAAGAUUGAUUGAGAUGAUUACAGGAAAGACAAAAAACAUUUAUAACAAAAGUUCGGUUACAAAUAGUAGGAGACUGAUUUUGUAUUUUAAAGACAUAGUGAUAUGCUUACCACGGUAAGGGACGCCCCUAAUCGUAUAUUUGGUAUUAAGAUAUUUUUUAAUUAUGUGAAAAUAUCUUUUUAAGGUUCUAAAUUUAAUUUUUUAGCAAUAAAUAUUCCAACUCUAUUAUAUAAGUGUAUUUUAUGUAAAUCAGUAAUUAAGUAGAUGAAGUGUAAACUAUUGUAAGUAAAUAUUUGUACAGCUUCUAUCCACGCUAAUACAAAUUGUAAAUUAUUAAGCAACUCCUAUGUAAAAUUAAGAUACUCAUAAAUGUAUUCUAGUUGACUUGGAUCUAGUUGAUUGUCUAUUGUGUAAAAUUGUACAGAAAUCAUAUCAUUAUAAUAUACAAAUUACUCAAAUAAAUUGUUCAUAUCAA